UCGACUCAUUGGGUGGGAGCAGCCGGAGAGACAAGAGUCCCCAGCAAAUCAGCGGCUAAUUGAUUAAAGAGACUUCAUUUGAAUAGGGGGAGGCUGGCAGGGUGCCAAUCGCCUUUCAAACACACCCAUCCCUCCCCCUCUGUCCUCUAUCUUCUACCCCCCUCCAUCCCUCCAUCCAUCCCUCCCUCUCCCCCUUUCCUUCGCCUUCGUAUGAUUAAUUGUGAGGCAUUAUUGAUAAUCAUAACGGGACACAUGCGCGCUGGACGGGCUCCGUGUCCGUGAUUUCUGGGAAGUUUUUUGGAGCGAUUGUUUUUUUGAGUGGUCCAUGCAUGCGUGAGACAGCAUGUCGCGGAGGAAGCAAGCGAAGCCGCAGCAUUUCCAGUCCGAGCCGCAGCCGGCAGUCAGCGAGCACCAUGGGGACACAGAGCCCAGGCUGGACGACCCCCCUUGCAAGGAUUCGGGUGCCCAUGUCUGUGGCAGAUGCUGUGCAGAGUUCUUUGAACUGUCGGAUCUUGAACAACACCAGAAGAAUUGCACUAAGAAUCAAUUAGUUCUGAUAGUGAAUGAGAGUCCUGUGUCUCCUUCCGGAACCUUCUCUCCAGGCUCUUCUCCCCAUAAUCCUGACGAGCAGGUGAAUGACACGACUAAUAACACAGAUCAAGUGGAGUGUGCUGACCUUUUAGACCAUAACUCACUGGAUAAAGAAGAAGCCAUGGAUAUGGAUGUGUCUGCAAUCUCUGUUAGCCAUGACGAUGGAAGUGGGAACAUGGAGGAAAGCAGCCCCAUCGACGGCAGCAGCGACGGAAGCCAUGGCGGUAGGGGUAGUACUGGAUCCAAUCUGGGCAGCUCUGCUAUCUCAGCCUCACUACCUCAGCUUGAUAAUUUGACAGAACUGGGAAACUUCUCUGUGAUGAACAGCAAUGUUAUCAUUGAAAAUCUCCAGAGCACCAAAGUGGCAGUGGCUCAGUUCUCUCAGGAGACAAGAUCAGCAGGAGGCCAGAGGAUUGCAGUGCCCGCUCUGAUGGAGCAACUUCUAGCCCUACAACAACAACAGAUUCACCAGUUACAGCUAAUAGAGCAGAUUCGUCAUCAAAUUCUAUUGCUGGCAUCCCAGUCUCCUGAGCUACAGGUGCCACCCAAUUCCUCCCCUGGGACUCUGGCUUCAUCCACCAACCCACUAACCACACUCAGCUCUCAUCUGUCCCAGCAGCUGGCAGCUGCAGCAGGGCUAGCACAGAGUCUAGCCAGCCAGUCUGCUAGCAUUAGUAGCCUGAAGCAGAUAGCUAGUGCAGCACAGCUACCUCAAAGCAACUCUGGAAUGGGAGAGUCAUCUCAGAGUCUGGGAGCACUGGGGACAGCUGUGGUGAAUACACAAACAUCGGACAAGAGGGCUGGAUAUGCUGGAAGUCUCCAUUCCCAGCUAGGAACCCCCUCACUGGCAAAGACAUCUACACCAUCCUUUGGGAUUGGAAGUCUGCUGAAUCCUGUGGCUAACUCACUUCUACCUCAGCCCCCACCAGGAAAUCCAAUGUUCUCCAGUGCUCUUCCAAGUGUUGGAACCACAGUGGAGGAUCUCAGUUCACUUGCUGCUUUAGCUCAACAAAGGAAAAGCAAGCAACCCAGUGUAUCUUCAUUUGAACCUAAGAGCAGCUCAGAGGAGGCAUUUUUCAAACAUAAGUGUAGGUUUUGUGCCAAGGUGUUUGGGAGUGAUAGUGCCUUGCAGAUCCACUUGCGUUCACAUACAGGAGAGAGGCCAUACAAAUGCAACAUCUGUGGCAACCGCUUUUCGACUCGCGGCAACUUGAAGGUUCACUUUCAGCGUCAUAAAGAGAAAUAUCCUCACAUCCAGAUGAACCCGUACCCAGUACCAGAGCAUUUGGACAAUAUUCCAACCAGCACUGGAAUUCCAUAUGGCAUGUCAAUGGCACCGGAGAAGCCAGUCACUAGUUGGCUCGAUAGUAAGCCUGUUUUAUCUACUCUGAGCUCAUCAGUUGGUAUGUUGCUCCCACCCACUAUACCAAGCCUACCCCCAUUCAUUAAGAAAGAGGAAAAUCAUUCCGUGGCCAUUACAAGUCCUUCUCAUUCUGCUAAGAGUGACUCGGGUCCAGCAGAACCUUCCACAAAAUGCAGUGAUGGUGUGUCAGAAGAAGGAGAUGUUGCAACCUUGCCUACCUCAAAUGGGAAAACUGAAGAAAGCAGUCAGCCUUCUAGCUUGACAACAAACACAAGCUCUGUGGGAGAGAGCAAGAUAGAGUACACUACUUCUAACAGCCCUCCUAUGUCUACCAACCCUCUGAUGCCCCUGAUGUCGGAGCAGUUUAAGGCUAAGUUCCCGUUUGGAGGACUUCUUGAUCCUUUGCAAGGUUCAGAAACUUCAAAACUUCAGCAAUUAGUAGAAAAUAUUGACAGGAAAGUGGCAGACCCCAAUGAGUGUGUCAUCUGCCACCGAGUUCUCAGCUGUCAGAGUGCACUGAAAAUGCACUAUCGUACACAUACUGGGGAGCGGCCCUUUAAGUGCAAAAUUUGUGGCCGUGCCUUUACUACUAAGGGCAACCUUAAGACCCACUACAGUGUCCAUCGUGCCAUGCCACCUCUGAGGGUGCAGCACUCUUGUCCCAUCUGCCAGAAGAAGUUCACUAAUGCUGUUGUCUUGCAGCAGCACAUCCGCAUGCACAUGGGUGGCCAGAUUCCCAACACCCCUCUCCAUGACAGCUACCCAGAGUCUAUGGGCUCUGACACUGGUUCAUUUGAAGAGCGAAACUUUGACGAUUUAGACAACUUCUCAGAUGACAACAUGGAGGGAAUGGAAGACGGUCCAGAUAGCAGUGUUCCAGACACACCCAAAUCUGUUGACGCAUCCCAGGACAGCCUGUGUUCUUCACCUAUGCCACAGGAGCAAUCAGGUGUUGACCAUCAGGAUAAGAACUCACUCCAGGGGCUGACGGAAGAUUCACAGUUAAACAGACUUAAAACAACAGAAAAUGGUUCAGUUGAAGGUGAUCACUUCACUAAUGAUUCCUCCUCACCAGGAGGUGAUGUGGAGAGCCAAAGUGCAGGAAGUCCGGCUGCCUCUGAAUCUACCUCCUCCAUGCAAGCUCCUUCACCUUCUAGUGCUGUUCCCCAGCAGCGCAAAUCCCCCAGUCUGGAGGAUCGUCAGCAGAGGGCACUAUCACUGGAGCACAUAAGUGCAGGCCUCAUGCAAACCCAUUCCUCAGGUCUAGGGGCUCUUGACCUAACCUCCAUGAAUCCCUCUAAAGACCCUCUGGGCAUGCUUUUCCCCUUUCGUGAGCGAGGCACUUCUAAGAACACAUCAUGUGACAUUUGUGGAAAGACAUUUGCCUGUCAGAGUGCCUUGGACAUCCAUUACCGGAGCCAUACCAAAGAAAGACCUUUCAUUUGCACAGCCUGCAACCGGGGCUUCUCCACCAAGGGUAAUCUAAAACAACACAUGCUGACCCACCAAAUGAGAGAUCUGCCCUCCCAGCUCUUUGAGCCCAGCACCAGCCUGGCAUCCAGCCCUACCCCGUCUCUGCUUUCUGUUGGAUCCCUGCCCUCCUUGAUUAAGGCUGAAAACGGUUUCCUCCAUGCUCCUCAACAUGACAGCAAAGAUCUUCCCUUAAGCAUGGUGACCUCUUCCGCUUCUACGUCUCCAGUGCUUUCAGCUGCACCUCCAAGACGGACACCCAAGCAGCACUACUGCAACACAUGUGGGAAGAUGUUCUCCUCUUCUAGCGCUCUUCAGAUCCAUGAGAGGACCCACACUGGGGAGAAGCCCUUUGCUUGUACCAUCUGUGGACGUGCAUUCACCACUAAAGGAAAUCUCAAGGUGCAUAUGGGUACUCAUAUGUGGAACAGUGCCCCAGCGAGACGAGGACGCCGGCUCUCUGUAGAUGGCCCUAUGGCCUUCUUGGGCACAAACCCUGUAAAAUUCCCUGAGCUCUUUCCGAAAGACUUGUCCAGCAGGGUAGCAAACGGAGACCCAGCUAGUUUCUGGAACCAGUAUGCCGCUGCAUUCUCCAACGGCCUGGCGAUGAAGACCAACGAGAUAUCUGUGAUCCAGAACGGAGGCUUGCCGCCGUCUCUGUCUGGAAGCGUGGGUAACGGGGGCAGUUCUCCCAUCAGCGGCCUGACAGGCAGCAUGGACAAGCUGCAUAACUCGGAGUCCAAUGCAGCACUAGCUGGCCUUGAGAAAAUGGCCAACACGGAAAACGGCACUCACUUCCGUUUCGCUCGUUUUAUGGAGGACAACAAGGAGAUUGUCACUAACUAAAGGACGAGCAGUGCUUCUAUGGUACAAGCUGAUAUACACGAACACAAACACUUGCAAGACGUACUCACACAUGCACAACAGGAGAACAAGUGCAAGAAAAGAUUGAGACUUUAGUUACAGAAGAGAACUUGCUUUUUGUACAAUGUACAACAUGUUAAUGUUUUACAAAGCUUAUUUAUUAGUGAUUAUAACCUUGCUCGAAAAAUCGAAGUGGAAACAUUAACAAUUACUUAAGUUUUUUUUUUUUUUUUUUUUUUUUUCUGUUUUACCACCAGAAUGGAGCUGUCUGACUGUGUAAAAGUGUGCUUUUGGAACUUUUAGCAUUUCUGGAUAGAUAACCUUUUACGUUAGUAUUAAAUUAUUUCUAUCUGUAGUAUGUAUAACAUUCAUGUUUGUGAUGCAUUAGAGCUUGAAUACGCAAACACAAAAGACUGUAAAUAAUGUACACUGAUCUGUGCUAGAUGGUUUACCAGCUGUGUAUUAACUUUCCCCCCUGAUUAAAAUAGCCUAUGAUAUUUUUUUCCCCCAUCAGGCAGAGGACACACGAGAUAGGUCUAUUAUCAAACUUUUAUUUAAGUAAAAACAAAGCAGGCAUAACUACAUCUCAGCUGUUUUUAGAAAUUAAUCCUUGUUUUCAGUGUUUAUUGUAUUGUGGUUUUUCACUUUCUCACUUUCUUUGUUUAGUUUGGUUUCCUUUAUUUCUUGUUGCUAUACACUACAAAGCUUCUAACAGCUUCAUUGUUACAUGAGCAAACACAAAGGAAGGUCUACAUGGUUUAUACCUGAGAAAGAAAUUAAAUGCAUUCUGUCCGUUACACUUGUUGAAGUAAACAUGAGCUGGUUUUCCACAUCUUCAUCUGUUAUUAAGCGCAAAAUGGUUGCAGUGUUCAU